UGUAUUAGAACUAUGAUUUGGCACCAAAAUAGCGUCUGGCGCCACUGCGCAUGCUCAAGGGACAUGAGCACGUGAUCGAUAGUACGAGUCAAAGUGCAGACAUUUUGCUGCAAUGGCUGCCGCAAACAGGGCUCUGCGGGAGGACCGAAUAAUACAACAUUUUACUCAAUCAAUGUACAGAGAACGCGACUUCAGUGGGGCAGUUCGAAAUGCUUGCAAAACAGGAAAAGUUGGGGAGAAGAAGUUGAAAGUGAUAGUGGUUGGUAGUUCUUCUGUUGGCAAAACAGCCCUCGUCGACCGGUGCUGCAACAGGCAGUUCCACUCGAACACUGCAUUAACAGUGGGCAUGGACGUCCACUUGGAAAGAUUUUGUAUUCUCGGCGUUCCCUUCACUUUGGAAAUAUGGGACACAGCAGGUCAAGAGAAACACCGAUGUAUAACCGCAUCCUACUACAAAAAUGCAUGUGUUGUUGUGAUUGUUUUUGACAUGAAAAACGCCAACCAGAACUCGUGGGAAAGUGUGAUAGGUUGGCAUACAGAGGUUAUGAAGCAUACCUGUAGCUGCGGAAAAGUUCAUCUCUUUCUGGUCGGGACCAAAAAAGAUCUUUGCACCGAGCAAGAAAUUGUCGAUGUGAACACGCGAGGUAUCAGAUUGGCCGAACAAAUAAAUGCUGAAUACUGGAUACUCUCUGCAUUGACAGGCGAGAAAGUCGACGACUUUUUCUCUCGUGUGGCAUGCGUCGCGUUCAACGCAGCAGUCGGCAGGGAAGUUGAAGACCAGGAACACAGAAACCCGAUGCACAGAGAAAGAGAUCUCGUUGAUUUGAACGUCGACAUUGCUGCCGAAAGACAAAGAAAGUGCAAGUGCUAGCAAUGCAAAAUUUAUUAUGUGAGAAUUCCUUAAACACCAAGGUUGCAUCUCUCAUUGAUAUUCUAUGGAUCUUGAUAAACUUGGACCGUCUAAAAUUUGCUGAAAUCCAACGCUAGCUUUUGCUGGGUGUUGGGCACGACUGUAGUGUGUUGAUACCAGCUAGGCGUACUUAUCUGAUUGCAAAUGCACGAAACCAGACCCCUGCAAUGGUCAAUUGAAAUGUGCAUAAUGGGUUCAUGUUAAACUGUUCAGCUACAAGAACAUGCCAGACAUGGUUUUAUUGUGCCCUCGCAUAAAUGAAAAGUUUUCAGUUCUGCCUCAUGAGGGCACUGUUGAGUACAAAAGCUGCCCGGAGAGUAAUCGUUCCGUACCCAACGCCCUGGGCGUUGGGAAGGGCUAAUCGCCUUCACACAACUUUAUGAAGGAAGCGCAGGCGCGCAAAGCAUUGUGGGCGCAAACUGCUGCAACCGAUACAUGUACAUUCUGUGCGCAUGUGUCAUGCGUGCAGGCCGAAAACUUGACCCAUGUUAUUGUUCAAACAAAUUCUAUUGAAUGAGAGCUCAAAAAAGAUUAUAUCAUACAUGCAGAAGAAAUUAUUAACCCUUCCCAGCGGCCUGUUCGGUGGUGGCCUGUUGGGUACGAGCGAACCAGAACACUUGAAAAUACCGGCCAUGUUUUUCAACAUCACUUGUAGCACUGUUUGAAGGAACAGUGUAUUUUAUUCUACAUUUUGUCUUUCCAAUCCUACACAUUCAUUGACCUUUUUAUUUUUUUAUAUAUAGAGACCGCGUGAGGUUUUAGAUUUACUUUUUUAAUUCUUAUUUUUUUUAGCGGAAAGAAAAGGGUUUUGAAUUAUUUAAAACUAUGUUUAUCUCUGAACAAAAGCCUCAUGUUUUGUGGGCAGUUCGUCUUUAUGUACUACUUAAUUACCACCAAAGGUUUUAAUGUUGAUUGUUUUGUUUGUCAUUUCUAAUAUAGUUUGCUCUUUAAUUUCUAACGAAAUAUAUUCUAUGGUUUUAAAUUGUUGAUGCAUAAAUUUUAACCAUUCUAUUCAGUACACCCAAUUCUAUUCAAUACACCCAAAUUUAAGUCAGUAUUUUGGCAUAGUUUGUGGGUAUAAAAAGCAGUGUUGUUGACUCAAGUCGCUGACUAGGACUCGAGUCGGACCGAGUCGCUAUUUUUGCGACUUUAGACUUGACUUG